AUGGCUUCAAAGCGCGCGCUUGAAGCACCUGGAGAGGCUGGGCCAUCGAAACGGAGGCGGGCUGAGGACGGUAAUGAUUAUGUUGAUGAAGAAUAUCAUAGUGAUCAAGAGGACAACGCCUCUUUCGUUCCUAGGGGUGCAACAAUCAAUUUCAGUGCGCUGACGAGGAAACUGGCGGAAGCCCGGAGGGCCAAACCCGUCGACGGUGAUGAAACCUCGUUAGACGCGCAUCGUCGGCAACAAGACGCACUUGUAUCCCACAUAUUCAUGGAUCAAGAUUUCUCUUUUCUUCAUCUUAAGCCUGACCAUGCUUCGCGGCCAUUAUGGAUUAGUCCUGAUGAUGGACACAUUAUCCUCGAGGCCUUUUCGCCCAUUGCAGAGCAGGCUCAGGACUUUCUUGUAGCUAUAAGUGAACCUGUUAGCAGGCCGGCCUUUAUCCACGAAUACAAACUCACUUCUUAUUCACUGUACGCCGCAGUGUCGGUUGGGUUGCAAACAGAAGAUAUCAUUGAAGUGUUGAACCGGCUUUCCAAGGUGCCAGUGCCAGAAACGAUCACUAACUUCAUCCGGGAGCGGACGUUGUCUUACGGGAAAGUGAAGCUUGUACUGAAACACAACAAGUACUUCGUUGAGAGCAGCCACCCGGAAACCCUUCAGCUCCUAUUGAAGGACAAAGUGAUACGAGAGGCACGAGUGGUUUCUCAACAAACGGACAAUAGUAUCAAGGCUGCCACCUUUACGACUACAAAAGCCCCUGUGAAGGGUAACCUUGUGAUCCCUGGAACCAAGGAGGCUGAGAAGAAGAAGGAUGAAACUGCGGGUACCAGGGCCGGAGCAUCCAUAUCCGGAGGAGCCGCGGACGCUGACCUCUUCACCUCAAUUGUUGGCGUUGACAAUGAUGAAAUCGAUGAAGAUGACGACAAUGUUCAUGCAUUCGAGAUUGAUGAUGCAAAAAUCGACGACGUCAAGAAGCGGUGUAAUGAGUUGGAAUAUCCAAUGCUUGAGGAGUAUGACUUCAGGAAUGACACGGUCAAUGCGAAUCUGGACAUUGACCUUAAACCGGCGACCGUCAUUCGACCAUAUCAAGAGACGAGCUUGAGCAAGAUGUUCGGAAAUGGCCGCGCACGUUCUGGAAUUAUUGUUCUUCCGUGCGGGGCGGGAAAAACCCUCGUCGGCAUUACAGCUGCCUGCACGAUUAAAAAAUCGUGUCUAGUACUGUGCACUUCUUCCGUGUCUGUUAUGCAAUGGAAGCAACAGUUCAUGCAAUGGUCCAAUGUGACAGAUCGCCAAAUCGCCGUUUUUACAGCAGAUCAGAAAGAGAGAUUCGCUGGAGAGAGUGGUAUCGUCGUAUCGACGUAUUCCAUGGUUGCCAACACGCACAAUAGGUCCCAUGAGUCCAAGAAGAUGAUGGAGUUUUUGACUUCACGUGAAUGGGGGUUCAUUCUCUUAGAUGAAGUGCAUGUUGUGCCGGCUGCCAUGUUCCGCCGUGUUGUUACAACAAUCAAAGCGCACUCAAAGCUUGGCUUGACCGCGACUCUUGUGCGUGAGGACGAUAAAAUUGCGGAUCUCAACUACAUGAUAGGACCUAAAUUAUAUGAAGCGAACUGGAUGGACCUUGCAGCCAAGGGACAUAUAGCCAACGUUCAGUGUGCCGAAGUUUGGUGUCCUAUGACUCCUGAGUUUUACAAGGAGUAUCUUCGGGAGCAAUCUCGGAAGCGUAUGUUGCUUUAUUGUAUGAACCCGAAGAAAUUCCAAGCGUGUCAAUUCCUGAUUAAAUUCCACGAGGCGAGAGGCGACAAAGUUAUUGUCUUUUCCGAUAAUGUGUUUGCACUUGAGGCGUACGCCAAGAAACUCGGGAAGCCUUAUAUCCACGGUGGUACCGGGCAGGUUGAGCGGAUGCGGGUGUUGCAAUGGUUCCAGCAUGAUUCUAAUGUCAACACCAUUUUCCUGUCCAAGGUCGGCGAUACGUCCAUAGAUCUGCCGGAAGCUACGUGCCUUAUUCAAAUUAGUUCACAUUUCGGGUCAAGGCGACAAGAAGCUCAGCGCUUGGGUCGCAUCUUACGAGCGAAGCGGCGUAACGACGAAGGCUUCAACGCUUUCUUCUACUCGCUGGUUUCCAAAGAUACCCAAGAAAUGUUUUACAGCACCAAACGACAGCAAUUUCUUAUCGAUCAGGGUUAUGCGUUCAAGGUCAUUACGCACCUGGAUGGACUUGAGGACCUGGAAGAUUUGGUUUACAAGACCAAGGAUGAGCAAAUCGAAUUGAUUUCAUCUGUGCUCUUAGCAAACGAGAGCGAAGCUGAUCUAGGGACGGACAUACGCGGGAAUGAGGGUGACUUGGCAGGAACGGUGACAUCUAAAGACUUUGGCCCUACAAGGUUUCCGACAGCGCAACGGACGACAGGGACUCUCACGGCACUGAGUGGUGCUCAACAUAUGUCGUAUGUUGAGCAGAAUAAAUCGGUGAACAAGAAACUCGCGCGGGAUGCAGCACCACGCCACAAAUUAUUUUCCCGUCGCGAUAAGGACAAAGCUACCGCACGGAAAGAGCAACGAGCGAUGGGGCGCACUUGA